UGAUCGUGAGCACGGGUUAGGGUGGCUAGUGCUACCUGUGAGGAUAGGAGCAUUUUUUAUCAUACUUGUAAAUGAUAACAGCAAGGAUGUUUGCGCGGAUCGUUUGCCUUUUUACUGCCCUCGUCGUCUUUGUGCACGCGAGCGGCGAUUUCGUGCUACUUCACACCCCAGACAGCGUAAUUUUCAAGGGUAACAAGGAGAUUGAUCAGAGCCUUCUUAAGGAACUAUUCUCUGCUUCUCUUGGAUUCACUGUCAAACAGAAAUCAGCAUGGAAUGGAAUAGCAAUCACCAGUCCAUUCAACCUUCCUGAGGCAAUUGUGGCUAUUGCUGUAGAAGGAGUGGAGUCUUUAGGAGCCAUCAAGGGCAAAAAGUUUCCAUUGAACGUCGAUGAAGUUGAGGAAACUACCUGGCAGGCUUUAAGUGGUCGACUUGAAGAAAGAGAUAGUGAUAAUACUCUUGUGAGAAUUUACCUUGGAGAUGGUUUAGAUGCUUUGGGUCAAUCUGCUCUUGGAGAACUAAAGCCAUCACCAAUUGAUGAAUCUUUUCUAAAAGCACUGAGUCUUAAAAGUGAUGAAGAUCGUAAGUUCUUGGAUGAAGUGCAAUUACUCCGGGCCAUUGCUAAAAAAGUACCAACUGCUAUUAGCACUGACAGUAAACCAGAUGUUUACUGGUUGGUUGUAUCUGGCCUAAAAUCUGUUUUUGAUGUUCAUGGAAAAAAUUCUCUGGCUGCAAAAGAAGCACUUACUUUGCUUAAUGAAGCUCUCCAUGAUGUUAGCAAAGCUUUUAUGAAUGCUUAUAAAAAUCAGGUUCUCAUUGCUGCCUUUACUAAUGAUGCUAGUCAAGUUCGUCAUACACGCUCUAUUUUGAGAGAAAAGAGGGAUACACCAAAAGUUGGAACUCCAUCACAGGAAGGAAACAAGGAAACAGAGAAACUGGAAACUCCAAAAGACAAUGAUACAGUGCAGCCCGAGAACGAGAAAGACAGUACUAAUAGCAAGGAAAAUUUACUCAAAUCUGAAUCUGCCAAUUCCGAUGUUGGUGAUUCACAAAACUCUAAUAGUAAUGACCAAACAAAAACGCAUGAAAAUGAUAAAAAUAGUGCAGAUCAUUCACAAAACCCAGAAACUAGCAAUUCCGCUGCUAGUGAAACACAAAACACUAACACUAAUGGCAAUCAAGGUACACAUGAAAGUAAAGAUAGUGAGGAAAAUAUACGUAAAUCAGAAACAGGCAAAUUAUAUGAUACUGAUACACAUGACACUAAUACUAACGGCAAUUCAGAUACACAGAAAAAUAAUGCAUCCAUCAAGGUAAAACUGUACAUGGAACAUAUAAACAAAAUUUCAGCUUUGCUUGGAAUGUCGUAUCAUUUCUACAUGUAUUUGUAUAUUUUCAUAUUUAUUAACAAGAUGACUAUUUCGGCUUCAAUAUUUGAUGAUCCUACCAUAAAAACCUCCAUUUCGAGUAUGGUAAAUACUACAUCUUGAUUUCUACAGUGUCGAAAACCAAUCUUUAGUGUUUACUGACUUAAAAAGGGUGUAGUUCUAUAUUCAAUCCGAAUUAUUUAUGUUCGUGCACAUCUCAGAGCGAUUCAAUCGAUUUCAAAUGGGGGCAGGACUCGUUUGAAAGUGUAUGUUUCUGAGAUGUUCCCAAUUCAUUAUUAAGGUGAUUGAAGCAUAACUUUGCGAGUAUUACCAAUUUUGGAAUCGGUUUUUUUUUGAAAAAAUUAGUCUUAUUUGUUAAUAGUUCUACCAUCUUUUAUUUUUUAUGAUGUUCAUGUGUUUAAUUUAUUAUUUUUCAGUUAUAGCCAGUUUGUUUAUAGUUGUUGGCAGCUAGAAUACAUCCAAUAUGAACCACAUACAGAUUCUGCUUAAUUUUAAUAAUCUACGU